AUGCAAACUUGGAAACUCAGUGAUGAGAAAGGUGGGUGUAGAAGCUGGCUAUUGGAAGACUUUGAGGGCAAAAAAAAUGCACUCAACAAAAUAAGGGGACAAGAUGCUCAAGAAUAUAGUCUCCUGUGGGAUUACUGUGAAACUGUUAGAGCUAGAAACCCUGGUGCUAAGUUAUUGCUGAGAAAGAUUCUUUAUUCAGAUCCUCCAAUCUUUGAGAGGAUGUAUUUCAGCCUUCCCCCAAUGAGGUUGGGAUUUCUUGCAGGAUGCAGGCCACUAAUUGGAUUAGAUGGCUGUUUUUUGAAAGCACCACAUGGAGGGCAGCUCCUUUGUGCUGUUGGGAGGGAUGGGAAUGAUAACCUUUUUCCAAUUUCUCUAGCUGUGGUUCCAGUUGAGAACAGAGAAUCCUGGACAUGGUUUUUGGGUGAGUUGCUAGAAGAAAUUGGAAGUGUUGAAGAAAGGAAAUGGACCUUCAUUUCUGACAGGCAAAAAGGUCUUCUUGAAGCUAUUAAAGAUGUUGCCCCUGGUUGUGAUCACAGGUUUUGUGUGAGGCACAUCUACCAGAAUUUCAAGCAAAAAUGGCCAGCUUUGGAGCUGAAAACAAGGUUAUGGAGAGCUGCUUCCACAGGCAACAAGAAUGAGUUUGAAGCAGUUAUGGUGGAGAUUGGCAGGUUUGAUAAAGCUGCAGCAGAAUAUUUAAGAAAAAUUCCUCCAUGUCAUUGGGCCAGAUCUUAUUUCUCAAGAAGCUGCAAGACAGAUGUGUUAGUAAACAUUCUCUGUGAAUCCUUCAAUAGCUACAUCCUUGAGGCUAGAGAGAAGCCUAUCAUUAGCAUGUUUGAGUGGAUCAGAAGUAGAUUGACAAGCAGAAUUCAAACAAAAAAGGCUGGAAUGGAGAAGUAUGAAGGGUCUAUCUGUCCUAAUAUCUUGAAAAAGAUCAACAAGUCUCAACAACUUGCAAGAAAUUGUUUUCCAAGAUGGCAUGGACAAGAAGAAUUUGAAGUGGAUAUUCAUAAUGACAGAUAUGUCGUGGACCUAGCUACCAGAACAUGCACAUGUGGACUGUUUCAAUUAAAUGGGUAUCCUUGUCAUCAUGCAUGGGCUUGCAUUGCAGAUAGGAGGUAUAGAGUUGAGGACUAUGUGGACUCGUGGUAUAAAAAAGAUACAUACUUGAAGGUUUAUGCAUAUAUGAUACAUGCAGUCCCUGGACCAAAAGACUACAUCAAGACCUCUUUCGAGCCACUUGCAGCCCCAAAGUUGAACAAGAAAGCUGGGAGACCUAAGAAAAUGAGAAGAAGAGGUCCAGAUGAACUUCAAACCACUUCUUACAAAAAGGGUCUCACACAUACUUGUAAGAACUGCCUACAACUAGGCCAUAAUAAGGCAUCGUGUAAAAAUCCUACAAAUCCAAGGUCUAAACUUUACAAGGGAAACCCUGCAAAUGAGGAAGUUCAAAAUUCUCAAGGUGCUCCUCCAUCUUCCAGUCAAGGACCAUCAACCUCUGUUGCACCAACAUAUGUUCAAACACACUCUUCUACACCAAGGUCAAAUGUUUCCAGCUCUGUUGCACCAUCUUCUACUCAACCAAGUUCUUCCAUUCAAGAUCAAUCUAGCUUUGUUGCACCUGCUGCUGCACCAGGAAGGGUUACACUUGUAGGUAUAUGUGGGAAGAAGAAAUGA